CUUGGUGAAGAUAGUUCCUUUCUGUAAAUCACAUGUUGACUACAGACUACUCACGCUUGCACUUUCCGGACCUGCAGCUAGCUCUCCUGGGGGUUGUGAUUGAUGUCAACAAACUUUGUCCGUCCGGCACGUACCUAGACAUAGCAGCUUCAUCGGAGCCCCGACCGUCGUGUCACACGGAAUAUGAUAUCAGCCGCUUAUUGGGUCUUGACGAGACUCUCGCACUGAUCGAGGUCCGUCGGGGACUUGUAUAUCAAGCUCUGAUGGCUAUACCAUGUUUUGUACGCUCGAUCACCUGUGCCUUGGCCACCUUCCACCCAUUUCCCGGACAAAUGAGCACCCAAUUCAGGAUAUCCUAGCAUCGAUUCAUAAUUUUUUUUGUCAUACUUUUGUACAUAGACAUUGCUGAAGCAGAACAUCAUGGCACCAAAACCGAGUUCGCGCAUGCGCACCGUUGACAAACUGCUCGACGCUUAUGGAAGUCUCUCAGUGCCGACACUUCUCGAGCCUUUGGCCGAUGACUUCAACCACCGCGUCUUGCCCGAAAGUCUAGAGAUGCCAGCUCGAGAUAAGGAAUCGUUCUCGCAACAUGCAUCGCAAGUCUUCGGCAUCUUCGACAAGUUCCAGAUGAUCCCACUGUCGAUAUACGAGGAUACGGACUCGAGCGCCGUAGUGGUACAUGCGCGCAUGCAGGGCACCUUGAAGCGCGGCGCUAACGAGUGGCGCAACGAAUGCAUCAUGAUGAUUCGUCUCUCGGCGGACGGGAACAAGGUUGUCGAGAUCACCGAGUUCGUGGACAGUGCCAAGGCCCAGCAGAUGCGCCAGAAACACGCCCCAAAAGUCUUCCAGGGGAAAGCGACUCCAAUCGGACGGAUCCCCAACCUUAUGUUUAGCUUCGGACAGAUCAUCUUGAUCUGCAUCUUAUACCAGCUGGCGCUGAUCUUGGCGUUCAACCUCUCGAAACCGGACUGGCAGCGUUGGGUUGAGCAGAUGGGAGGCCGGGGCAUGUCUUACAUUCAACAGAUGAUGCAAGAUAACAGGAGCAUCGCCCGCGACUACUUGUAAUAGUGUGAAAUGAAAUUUGGUACCGUUGAUGCAAGCACAGGCCCAAUAAAUAGAUUUAACCUAUAAUCAAAGACUAGAGGUACGAUUGUACAUGAUA